CAUUUUUCUUGUGAAUAGAUAGAUAUACUUAGUUAAAAACAGACUCUGCUUUAUAGGGGUUAGAAAGAGUUUUUAAAUACAUUUUCCUGAAGACUGUGGUUUGGCAUUUUUUUCAAACAUUACCAAAAAAAAAAGAAAAGAAAAUUGGCAUUGAACUAUAUCUGUGGAGUCUUUAGAAGUGGUGCAAGAGUUUCUAGCACAAUGGAUCAAAAUAAUCUAAAGAACAUGUUACAACUGUUGAUCAGGAAACAACAGGAGGAGACAGCGCGACAGAAGGCUAGAGAUUCCAGUCAAAUGAAAGAGAUUGAAAAGAUAACUUGUCUGUUACAAUCAACUUUGCCUGUAACCCAAGAGUCAAGUUCUAUUCCUCUGACAAAGAUGACUCCACAAGAUGACCCUGCUGCCUUUCUGAAAACAUUUGAGCGAGUAGCAAGACAUCAUCAUUGGCCUGAGGAGACGUGGGCACUAAGGUUAGCCCCACUUCUGUGUGGUGAAGCCCAGUUGGCCUAUGCUGGUUUGGCUGAUACAGAUGCAGAGUCCUAUACUAAAGUCAAAGAAACCAUUCUACGCCACUUCAAAACGGCUUCUGAUUUAUAUCGACAGGAAUUUCGUUCACUAAAGAUGCUACCUGGGGAUUGCCCUCGCUUUGUUGCUCAGAGGCUAAAUGAUUUAGCAAAUCUGUGGCUUAAGCCAGUAGAAGCAGAAAAAAUGAAAUUAUUUGACAAAGUUGUAUUGGAACAAUUUCUGAAUAUUUUACCAAAAGAAACACAGGAAUGGGUGAAAAUGUUACAGCCUGAAGACCUUGAAGCAGCAGUUAUAUACACUGAGUCAUUUACUGAAGAUACAGAAAGUGUUUCUGAAUCAACUGGUAAAUUGGCCAGUGAGCCCAGGAUGGGCCCAGCAUCUUCACAUAUGGCUGGAUAUGUUUUGCCUUCUGGAAAAGUAGCAUCUAGCAUUGGAGCUGCACCACCCAGACUGCGAGAGCAAAUAGUUUCUCCAUAUCAUUGUGAAAAUACUUUGAACACAGUUAGAGCUGGUGCAGAUGGUGUCCAGAUGAAUCUCUUAUUGCAAUUGAAAGGUAAAAAGAAAAUUAAUGAAGAUCAUUCAUUUAUUCCCAGAAAAAGGUGUCGACCUUGUGAGAAUGAUGAACAAUUUCAGAAGUAUUAUAACAUGGAAGAGAAAUCACGAAUUGUUAUAACUAAGAUGCACGAAAAACUGCAGAAUUUGUUCAACAACAAGAAGAAUGAAACUCCCUUUUUAUCAGAAUUAAAUGAAAAGAUCUUGAAUUUAAAACAGAAACAUCUUUAUGAGGAAAUGUUCAUUGGAAUAUUUGGCAAGACAGGAACUGGAAAGAGUUCACUGAUAAAUGCUCUUCUAAAUGAAAAAACCUUGUUGCCUACAUCAUCAAGAAAAGCUUGCACCUCUUGCAUUAUCCAAGUGCAAGUUCAUGAAAACAAAUGCCUCUUGUACAAAGCAGAGAUCGAAUUCAUCAGUAAAGAGGAAUGGGAGGAAGAGCUGAAAGAACUCAUAGAGAACUGUAAACAAGACCAUAAUGAGGAUAGCAGUUAUACAGAGGAUGGACAGGAGGCUGAAAGUGAACUUGCAAAAGAAAAAAUUAUGGCAGUUUAUGGAAAAGACGGAUUAAAUAAAAGUUUUUUUGAGUUGGCUAACUUGAAAAUUCCCGACAUUGCAAAGGGUAGCAAAGUAAUUUUUUCAAAAACUGGCUCAGAGUUGUCUGAGAAGAUUAAUCAAUAUAUAAGGAGUGAAUCAGAUGAUGAAACCUCCCGUUCUUAUUGGCCCCUGGUGAAAGUUGUUAAACUUCAUGUACCAAAAGCCUGUGGAUUGCCAAAUCAAGUGGUAUUGGUUGAUAUACCAGGAACUGGAGAUUCUAAUAAAGACAGAAAUAAAAUGUGGAAGGAGUAUAUCAGCAAGUGUAAUUCUAUUUGGAUUGUUACGGAUAUCACAAGAGCAGAAUCUGACAGAAAUGCAUUAGAAAUCCUGAAUACUGGACUGAGAGGCAUUGCUGGUGGAGGAGAGUGCCAAAAUAUAACCUAUAUAUGCACCAAAACGGAUGAAAUAGGCAUUCAAAUGGGCAUUCAGAGUGGUCACAAAACACAAGAGAUUUCAGGACAUGCAGAACCAGACGAUGACAGCAAAUUGAAAAGAGAAACAAUAAUUCAGAGAAAUAUUAAAGUCAAACAGAAGAUUAAUGAUAAAUGCAACAAAAUAGUAAAAAAAUUCCUCUUUGGCCUUGAAGAUAAUUCUGUUAGAAAUCCCAUUAACGUGUUUACAGUGAGUUCUAAAGAGUUUUGGAAUAUCAAACAAGGAAAAAAUAAUGUUUUAACAGAUGAAGAAACUGAGCUCCCAUCUUUGAAAAAGCAUGUGAAGGAACUUUAUGUCAACCAGACCAAGAAAGCAGUAGAAAAUUAUGUUUCCGAGGUAUCUGGGAUUAUAUCCUUUCUUCAUGUUCCUAAGGAAAAUGCUGAAGAGAAGGCUGAUGAAAAUGAAGAACUCUAUAUUAAACUAAACAAAAAUCUUACUGCUGAAAUUGCCAAUUUGGUAGUUUUCUUUGAUAGUGUUUUUAGAAAACUACAAGGGGAACUGACACAAGGUGUGGAAAGUGCUGAAAAACAGUGUCUGCACAUUGUUCAAAAAUUGUUAAAACCUGGAAGAACGAACCUUGGUGGUUACCACCAGACAAUUAAGGCUUUAUGCCAUAAUUCUGGAAGCUUUCGCUCUUCUAAAGGUGAUAUAAUUGAUCUCAACAAUGAGUUGGCAUCACCCAUCUAUGCAGGUGUGGAUAACACCCUAAACAGCAGUUUCCAGCUCAACCAGAGUACCAGAAGAAGUAUAAAAGCAGCUUUGGAGUUACUUCAAUCGAAGUUCCAAGAUGAUGCCAUAUUUACAAAGAAGAAAGCUGGUCAGUCAUAUCGGCUGGUGUUCAUUAAAACUGAACUAAGAAGAGUCCUGGUGUUGUUGGAAAAAAAAAUUCUUCAGAAUAAAAAAAUAAUAUACAACUCUAUUUCUCAGUCAAUUCAAGAUGGAAUGGAUCCUGUUUAUAAAGAGGCCAGUAAAGAGAAGGGUCGAAACUUCAUGAGUAAAAUUCAAACUAUGUUUGAAGAUAAAAUAAAACAAUCCAAAAACUGCAUGUUCAAGGAGGCAAUGAAGAAUAUGCUAAAUGAGUUUACUAAACUAAAGGAUGAAGUGAGAGAAACUUUACAACAAAAAAUGGAUGCAUCUAUGAAGCUGGCACUGGCACAGUUUCCAGAGGGUGUGCAUUUUCCAGAUUCCACAGAUGAACUGGAGGAGAUGAAGAAACUCUGUGAUUUGCUAAGCCUUAAUAUUUUUAACUGAGAGUUCAAGCUUAAAAUUGAGAAUUUUUGGUUUGGCUUGUAGUGCAUUCCUUUUGUUAUUAUAAUGAAUUCACUAGAAAGCCAUCUAUCCUUUCUCCCAUUUUCCAAAGAAGCUUAAUCCAGUUUUAGAAUUUUGAGGAGCCACAACCUAUCUUGACAACAUCAAGUGAAAGGCAGGAGCAAAGUCUGGUGCUGAACAUUUAAGAAAAAAAAAUGAUGGGCAAAAUCUGUGUGAAUGAAAUAGCCUUCUGAGCCUUUAGAACUAAAAUAUCUGAGGUGAGUUUCCCAAAAGCAUCAUAACACUACCUGCAAUGGUAAUUUUAUUUUAAGGUUGUUCAUGACUGUUUCCUAAAAUCCUUCACGUACAAGAGUAUGUGUAGCACUUUCUCCAUCCUUUAAACCAUGGGUAACGCCCUGAAUUCGUAUAACAAAAUGUACAAGUGUUUGGUGUUUUCAAAAGCCCCUUUCUAUUUAAAAGUAAAAUAUUUGAGCUUUUUAUCUACUCAUUUCUCAAUGGCAUCUGCACAUCUUAACUACUUCACUAAUCAAACUCGGUGCCUACUGAAAAUGCCGAACUCAAAGAAACAAACUGUUUAACAUUCAAACAUUCAAAACAUUUAAUAUACUAGCUGUGUACGCCUGUGCUGUAAAAAGUCCAGGGUUCUAGAAACUAUUGAAAUCGGCAGAAAAAAAAUUGAAAUGUAGAGAUGUCAGGUAAUUGAACGGAACUUCACUGGCUCUCUCUCUCCUAGGAGGAUUCAUUUUGCCGACAUCGCUUGUGCAUUAGCGGUGGGAGGAAAAGUAAAAGGGAUACCGUUUUGCUGAUGUUAGCAGCUAAGCGACUUUGUCUUUCUUCUGAGGUUUCUGUUUCAUCGGAGGCAGAGCCCUUACCCCGACUCCACUUCUCACUUCCGGGCCAGACAAACACACACACUUCCACGCAUAGACUUUUAUAUAUAAGAAAAGUAAAUCGAUUCAAUAGACAUAUACAAAUGAAUUAUUUGAGUAACUAGUUAUUGAACUCCCUUAUUGAAUUCCUUUGCUGUCCCAAUGCAUUUCAUGACCCUUUAUUUAUUUCUAUGUUUGCUUUAAAUUUCACAAUAAGCUAUUUGCAGUCUUACAGGUUUAAGUACCUAUUAUUAACCCUUAACUAUUCGCACCAUUUCUCAUCUCAUAAGUACACGUGCGGUGUACUUUAUGUACCAGUGUUAAAAUGGCUAUUUAUAUGCAGGCUGUGAGGUUGGAAUAUAAAAUAUUGCAAUAAUUUUACAUUUUAUUUAAUACCAUAUUACUGAAUAGUAUGACACAGUCUAAGUCUAUCUGAUCCAUUCCUCCUGUGCUCAUUCGUCACCGGUCACACUUUCAUUCACUGUAGGAUUUGCACAUUUAUCAUAUUUCACCUCAGUUGUUGAAUGUUCUUUGCAGAAACAAGGCAUUUUGCACCACUUAGAUAUGAAUGAAUAUUCAUAACUUUCAUCAUAUUCUUCAGAGCUUCCAGAGUCCAUAUUUGUGUCAGCAUGCAUAUCUUCUUUUCCAAUAUCAAUUUUUGAAUCUGUAUUAUGAUCGUUUUCAUUGACAACCCUCUCUUCAUUGUCAUCUUCGUCACAGUAUAGCCCUAAGGAAUCGAUCCAUUUUAUGAAAAAUCUCCCUCCAAGGGAAAAUUAUAAGCAACAAAGUUUAAGAAACAAGUAAAAUGUAUGCAACAAACUGUACAUAUGUAAGUACCCAUGUCGUGUACCAAAAGCACUAUAUGGAACUUGCGACUGUGCAUCCACUCAUAAACCCAUUGCGACCCUGCACUUUUAGUGAAUCAAGCUGAGGAUAGAUGGUGGAUGCUGCCAGUAGGAACAAGUAAAAGAACAUUGGACAAAAAUACACCAGCGCAAGUAGUUAAGGGUUAAUCCUUAUGGGCUAACACUCGAACACACGCACACAGAGGUGAUAAACAGCAAACAGGGCAUCCAAUAAAUAUAAUAUAAUUUUACAAAUACACAUAAAAUGUCCUCGUGUUACAGGCCUGAGCGAUUCUGGGGUGUAGUAGCGGCAGAAAAAUUAAACUGCCCAUUCACUCUUAUCCAAGCAAAUAAGUUAAAAAAACAGAAUAUUCGCAAAAGUAAAACGAAGUGUCCAAAAACCUGCACAACUCAUACAGAAGCACUCAGGAAUACCUUCAGAACUGUCCUUCAUUGCUGGAGGAAACCCCAGAGCUUUUUCUUUUGUGACUCACAGUGCAUGGUCUUGUUUCUCACUCUUUUUGUUUUGAGAUUGUAACCCAGUCCAAGCGACAAGUCCACCCGUAAAGAACCUUUGUCAACAGUCAUAGCUGCUACUCUACCGAGUAUGAUGCUUGCAGUCACGCUCACCAUGUACUUUAUCAUUAAACUUCAUCAUUGUUUUUUAUUUUCCUAGUCAUUUUUUUUCUCUUUCGUUUCAAUUUUCAAAGCAAAACAGAGCUGGCAUCAUGCAGCUCCCCAAACGCUUCCUGGUCUUUUCAAAUCUUCCACAUUUACUCCUUUUGGCCAAUCCCAUUGCAAGAACAGAAUACAGACCCUCACUCAACCAAUCACAAUAGAGAUACCGUGAAGAUGGGUCAUGCUCAGCAAGUUAACUAUUGAGGGGCGAUUUUCUUUUCGAUCCGAUACCGGCUAGUAUUGCCGAUACUGAUGGCGAUCCCAAUACUGAUCCAGCCAGAGUGUUGUCUUUUAAGAAUGGUUAAUCUUCUGUAAAAACUUACAGUAUUUGUGGACAUCAAAAAGUCACAUUUCAAAAGACUUUGCAUUAGUAGACUAUUACAUAUAGUGCCAAAGAUCAGACCUAUUUGCUUGUUUAUUAACAGAAAUUAUUAAACAUGUUCAGUUCUUGCAAACAAUCUGUGGAACAACAAGCGUUAGUUACAUUUUUUCUCAAAAAAAACAUGGAAAAAGCUUUGCAUUUUUUGGCUCACAAACAUUUUUAUUUUUUAAUGUGAAGCAUGCAAAACACUAAAAGUAUGCAGUCAGAAGUGUAAAAAGUAUAAUAACGUUGCAAAUACUGAGUGAGCGUCACUUUCCAAUUCAUUAGACUCACUUUUUGUUUCACUGUCAGUUUCAAUUUCAUUGACUGAAGACAGAUUCAAUUCGUCAUCACUGCUACUGAGGGGCUCAAUAACAUCACUGCUCGUAUCACUGUUAAGAGUAUGUAAUACUUGGGCUGCUAAAUGACAAUUUUAAUGAGACACUAUUAUUACUAGGCACGCCUACAGGUAAGAGGAGAAGACCCGGCUAUACUGUUGCCCUGGUAAUGCUUGGGAGUACUGCUUUUAGCAUUGUUUUAUAGCCCGGGGUCUAUGCUAGGGAAUGAGAUUUAAAGAUAAUAUCGAGUUACACACAGACACACACACACACACACACACUGUGUUUAUAUAUAUAUAUAUAUAUAUAUAUAUAUAUAUAUAUAUAUAUAUAUAUAUAUAUAUAUAUAUAAGACACGGUCGCUCCUCCGAAACCCCUUCUUAAAAGGUGAUACAAUGGGAAACAAAUACAGUUAUUUUUUUUACCUCCUCUUUGCUCGAUCAGCUGCUGGAUUGUUGUUGCUGCCAUGCUGCGUGAUCUACAUCUUGUGUGCCGCACUUCUGUCAUAUCACCUAUGUCCAUAUAUUCAAUCUCUUUUCAAUUUUACCUUUUCAUCAAUAAUGCAUUGAAUUAUAUUCCGUGUUUGGAAUUACAUCGUGACAACGCAACGUAUAACUGCCCGUGAGUGAAUAUUGUUUCUUUCUAUCUACAAGAAAUGUGUCUGGACAAUAGCAUUCACACAAAUGAGAAAUAAUUUCUCUCACGGGAUUUCACUUUUACUAAACAACAAAUUUUUUAAUUCUCGCGGAUACGCCUCUUCAUUGGGAUGAAACACUACUUUUUUUCCCUAAUGGCAACACAAAUUAGACGAUCUACAAGUCUCUGACUGAAAGUUUAAAUCCGAACAAUAUAUUCAAUCUCUUUUCGCUGUUCCGUUAUUUCACAGAGUAAUAAUUUCUGUUUGUUUCCACUAAUGCGAUCUUUACUAUACUUUUUUUGAGAUUUUCAAAUUUUCAUACUUCCAUUAUCUCUAACCUGCUCUGCAUGUGUACCGCGCCAAUGUUUUUGAAUUCUUUACGAUGUUCUACUUUGUCAUCUACUCUUUGUUUUAUUUUUGGUCCUGGGCAUGGUUAAAUCUUUUGGCACAAAGACUCGUCUCGUGGGACGUGAAAGUGUCUCUCUGAGAAAAUCACAUCUCGUCUCCUUGCAACCUUUUUUUUUUUAAUAUUUAUAUAAAUGUAAUAUACUAUAAAUGUAAUAUACUCCUCUAUACUCCUCUUUAAAUACAGACAUUGAUUAUUUUCUAUUCAAACAAUUACAACAACCUUAGAUAAGAUUACAAUACUAACGCUGCCUGCGUACUACAGUAAUCCCUCCUCCAUCGUGGGGGUUGCGUUCCAGAGCCACCCGCGAAAUAAGAAAAUCCGUGAAGUAGAAACCAUAUGUUUAUAUGGUUAUUUUUAUAUUGUCAUGCUUGGGUCACAGAUUUGCGCAGAAACACGGGAGGUUGUAGAGAUACAGGAACGUUAUUCAAACACUGCAAACAAACAUUUGUCUCUUUUUCAAAAGUUUAAACUGUGCUCCAUGACAAGACAGAGAUGACAGUUCUGUCUCACAAUUAAAAGAAUGCAAACAUAUCUUCCUCUUCAACGUAGUGCACGUCAGAGAGAGAAAAGCAAACAAAUCAAAAGGGCUGUUUUAAGUAUGCGAAGCACCGCUGGUACAAAGCUGUUGAAGGCGGCAGCUCACACCCCCUACGUCAGGAGCAGGGAGAGAGAGAGAGACAGAAAAAAACAAAGUCAAAAAUCAAUACGUGCCCUUUGAGCUUUUAAGUAUGCGAAGCACUGUGAAGCAUGUCGCUUCAGGAAGCAGCUGCAUACAGAAGGUAGCAACGUGAAGAUAAUCUUUCAGCAUUUUUAGACAAGCGUCCCUAUCGUCUAGGUGUGCGAACAGCCCCCCUGCUCACAACCCCCUACGUCAGCGCAAGAGAGAGAGAGAAAGUAAGUUGGGUAGCUUCUCAGCCAUCUGCCAAUAGCGUCCCUUGUAUGAAAUCAACUGGGCAAACCAACUGAGGAAGCAUGUACCAGAAAUUAAAAGACCCAUUGUCUGCAGAAAUCCGCGAACCAGCAAAAAAUCCACGAUAUAUAUUUAAAUAUGCUUACAUAUAAAAUCAGCGAUAGAGUGAAGCCGCGAAAGGCGAAGCGCGAUAUAGCGAGGGAUCACUGUAUCUGCUUUUAUGGAAGGCUUCUUUAAGAGAAGACAGCAGCCUGAGUGUCUGUACUCUCUUCUUAUCUCCUCCAUUUUAACUCUGUGUGUUCGACAACAUGAUUGACUUUAAUGUGUUUUACCAAGUUUGUGGUGUUGCUACAAUAACGUACGUUCUUCUGACGUGUAUCACAUUUUGAUUCAUUAUUGUUUACUUAAUGGAGUAAAAUAACUCCAAACAACACUUCACUUUCUUUCAGCUAUUGCCUCACAUACAUAGCUCCACUGCUUUGCCUGGUGUAUCACAGCACUACCAGUGUGAAUGCAGGGUGAUGAAAAACUCAGAAGGAAAAGCAGGUCCUGUUUUGCACAGUAUGACAUGUUUAAUUUAAUCAUGUUCUCACCAUCAAAUGCUUUUUAAAAAUAAUUUCCAUAUUAUUGAAAAUGUGUAAUAUCAAUACUUUUAAUGUGAACAUCGAUGUAUAAAUUAAAAGGUAAGGAUCGGAAGCAUCGAUACUUUAGUAUCGAUCUGCCCAUCCCUAAUGUUAACCAUUCACUUCAAAAACAGUGAUUCAAACUUUUUUUUCUUUUUAUAGUUUAUUUAUUUAAAUUAAACUAAAGGCACUCUGAAUCUUAGCAGGGCAUAUUCAAAAGUGUUUGUAAAUUAAAGACUAGCCUAGCCUAGUCAUUAUUCACAAAAAGAUUAUUUAUUUUGAUCAUGUCUACAGUUCUGCCUGUAAAAGUCAGAUGCCACUCAUCACAGUACAAAAGUAAAAUUCACUGGCAACCCGGUUACAAUAGUGAACCUUGGAAAGACACACUAGGUGAAGAGUUUACCACCUCUGCUGUGUGUCGCUAUCAGUUUAGAGCACUUGCUUCCCAACCCCGUGAUCAGGGCUGGCUCAAGGGAACAUGCCAGCUCUAUGCAGUGGUGGGUGGAUGCACCCCCUCAGAGAUCAGACUGCGUUCAUUUAUGUAUGUAAUGCGCAGUGGCGUAGCUCAAGGGCAGGGCGGAGCUUCAACAUGCCCUCCAACAUAUAAUGAAUGAAUAUGUUAACCUAUUUAAAUAGAAAAUUAAAAUGACAUAUAGAGAAAAAUUAAGAUAAAUUUUAUAUUAUAAAUAUACAGUAUAUUAUACUAUAUAUUUAUAUAUAGAGAAACAGCAAUAAUUUUUCACAUAUAAUUAUUUAUAAGCAUCAACUAGACAAGAAUAUAGUAUAGAUGCACUAAUAAGAUGUGUUCUAAUUAUUAGUUUAAUAUAAUUAUGCUGCGAAAACCAGAACCAGUGUAGUGUGCAAGUGGUAGGUGGGGAUGUUUUCUGCGCAGAGCAAGAACACAUUCGGAUUGAUAGUGAAACGAAAUUGUAAAUUACUUGUUUAUUUUCCUAGAAAUUAUUCCUAGAAAUUAUUAUCGGUGUAAUGUUUAUGUUUAUUUUUGUUAUUGCCAAAUGCAACUGCUGUGUCUGAUGCCGUCAUAGAAGGACAGUCUGAAAAUUAUUUUUGAAGCAUUUGUGGAUAAAAAUCAGAGAAUUUUACUUUUUUCAUUCAUGAGUGAUAUUUUUUCGAACCCUGCUGCUUACACAUUAAUUGUACUGAGCCUUUUGGCCAAUAAUGCCGCCUGGGGCAGAUCGCUCCCUUCGCCCGCCCCUAGCUAUGCAACUGGUAAUGCGCAACGAGCUAUAGUGACAUCUGUUUGAAGAACCUGGCACCUAGAUGAGCCUUGGCUCCCCAGUCAUAGUGCCUCUAAGUUGGUGCUUACACUAUCUUAGAACCAGCCCAGCCAAAGACCAAAGUUUGAGUUUAUCCAAAAGCAGGUGAGAUGCUUAGCAUGAAAAAUAAAGAUUAUCACUGACAUUACUGUAUCGACAUAUUUAUUUUCAAUUAUUUUAAAUGAUUCCUUAAUUCAAUUUAAAAUAAUUUGAGGUGGCUCGGGCAUCUGAUUAGGAUGCCUCCUGGACGCCUCCCUGGUGAGGUGUUCCGGGCACGCCCAACCGGGAGGAGGCCCCAGGGAAGACCCAGGACACGCUGGAGGGACUAUGUCUCCCGGCUGACCUGGGAACGCCUCGGGAUUCUCCCGGAAGAGCUAGACGAAGUGGCCAGGGAGAGGGAAGUCUGGGCAUCUCUGCUCAAGCUGCUACCCCCGCGACCCGACCUCGGAUAAGCGGAAGAGAAUGGAUGGAUGGAUGGAUGGAUUCCUUAAUUCAGUUUUGGUAGUUUUUCUGGUGAGUGGCUAUUGAGAACUUACUAACUUCAGAGCUGAAUCUCCAAAACCAAGGCUAAAGGUAGGUAUAAAUAUGCCAACUGCAAAACGCACUGUGUUUAGAGUGAUCUGUAGGAAUUGGGAAGAUGCACUUUUGAUGACUACACAUAAACUAUUAGGGGGCUUAGAUUUUCACCAGAACACUACUGUGCUGUUGUUGUUGUGUGUUUAUAUGCUGCACAACACUGCAAUAUAAGCUGACCUAUUCCCUCCCCUCAACAAAGUGGAAGGUGAUGACGAGGAGAUGGAGGAAGAAAGUCUUACAACUGAGUUACCAGCAGAUAGAAGGCAAGGGCUAGGAUGUAUGAAUUAACAUUAUCACAGGAGCUUUCACUUGAUCUGCCUAUGAAUUACAUUUGUAAUGUUACUCUUAUGUUUUUGUCUUGAUGUGUAUGUUCUGUUGCCUCAUCAAUAAAUACACUUCAUGUUCUUUAUUGAUUUGUCAUGUUUCUGUUGGAGUCAAACGUAUUUGUCUUAACAUGAUUGUAAAGCAAAAAAAAAAAAAUUGCAAAUCUACUGUUGAACUAGAAGUGUUGUGCUGGCUUCAUCUGGCCAUUUGUUUGUGUGUCUGAAAAGACAGUAUAAAGGACUGACUCAGUCGUAUCAUGCCACGCCAUUGUGUUGCUUUCUGUAUGUUUCAUAAAGAAUUCAAUAUAAA